AUGCUUGGGCAGCCAGCAUCGACAGAGGGCAAACCUUUGGUCGAAGCUCCUUUGGUGCUGGUCCUGGGGGCAGGAUCUGCCUUCGAUGUCUCCUCGUCUCUUGCGAGCGGCUUGUCGCAGCCAGCAUCGACAGAGGGCAAACCUUUGGUCGAAGCUCCUUUGGCGCUGGUCCUGGGGGCAGGAUCUGCCUUCGAUGUCUCCUCGCCUAUGCUUGGGCAGCCAGCAUCGACAGAGGGCAAACCUUUGGUCGAAGCUCCUUUGGCGCUGGUCCUGGGGGCAGGAUCUGCC